CGCAACGGUCAGUGCGAGCCCAACUGUUGUGCGGUUGUGGUGUGUAAGCGUACUAUAUUCCAGGCAAUAGAGUCUCUUGCGCGAUUAAGAACAUUGCAUUACGUUUGACUUUGGCGUUAUUUUGGUUGUAAAACGUAAAUUUAGCAGAAUGUUUGAAGCGCAUCGGCUUCUGUGGCCGACUCUGUGGGCUGUUGUGUUUUCGACUAUGACGCUUUCGGAGGUUGGUGCGUUGCCGGCGUCAACAUCUGCCCCUCACACCACACACAUCGUCAGCUAUGUGAGCCAGGGAAGAGCCAAUGCCCGGUGGGGCGAAAUAAGCGAAUUCGAUUACGAGAGCGUUCAAAGUGGCGCUAGUGGACGCAGCGCAGCUCUACUCUCCACUGAGGCGCCCACACCAUUGUCACAGUUGUACGGUGCAUUUGUAGAACAAUUAGAUAUGAGUCUGGGCAAUAGUGUGCCUAGUUCUAACACCACUUCAUUGGUUGGCACUUCUCCACCAACAUCGGUCAAUCGAACUGAUGACCUGUUAGUCACACAUCGAAAUACUUUGGAGGACGCUGAUGACUUCUUUGGUCGCAAUGAACAGCACGAGUCCGCCACAACCGUGAAGGAUAAUAGCCACCUACAAGGACCGGGGGGCUUGAUGUGGCAUCGUAUGAAGCAGAGCAUACCGGUGCUGGAGCCUGUGCGCCACCUUCUAAAUACGGUGCGCGAUCAACACAAUCAGACUGUGCAUGCGGCAAGGCAGCAUCAUCAGUUGUUAGCCGCAAUGAAAGGCGGUUUAGGCGAGCAUAUGUCCGGCAACGAGUCGUCGGCCAUUGAGACAGAGGAGGAUCGCGAAACGGCUAACGAGAGUACCGAGUUCAAAUUGCUUGACUUUGCAGGCAGCUUUGUUAGCAUGCUGUGGAGUUUCAUUGGAAAUCUGCAGCGCAUCUUUGCGGCUAGCAGUGGCAAUGCUUUUGCAUCUUCAUCGGGCGGCCAGUAGGUCGGUAGGUUGGUAUGUGUAUAUAUAUAUGCACAUGUACGCAGCCAUAAAUAUGGGUACUAGUGUUAGUAUUGGAGUUGAUUUAACUGUGAUUAACCAGCAAAUAUGUAUGUGUGUGUACUAGUGUAUGUGAGCUUACUUAAAUUGAAAAUGUAUUUUAAUUUAUUCAAUAUUGAAAUAAAUGCUUACACAAUUAAUACAUUUUUCGUUACAAUGCAGAGCAAGCGAAUAAAACUCAAAAUAUUUAAA